GUGCGGUUUGAAUGAAGAAAAAACGGAUUAUUUUUUGUAAAUAUAAAUAAUAUUUGUAAAAAAUAUAAAUAAAUAAUUUUAAUAUUAAAACAAAAAUAGUUAAUAAUUUAAUAGAAAUUAAUAAUAAAAUAAUAUUAAUAAUAAUUGUUAAAAAAUAGUGCCUACAAAUACGCGUUAUAAGUGCAAGGAAACCUAUUCUUCCAGGGAUUUGCUAAACUGCAGUCUGUCUGGAGCUGCUACAAGUAACACAGCACCUACAGCUCUUCUUCUGUUGAAAUCGCAACUAACUCUUUCUUUUAUCUAUAAAAAGGGUGUCUUUGAUUAGGUGCAAAUAUGGACUACCGAUAUUUAUUCUUUGCUUUUAUUUUGAAUGUAACUCCUAUCCUAUCGGAUGGUGGUAAGGAACCGUAUAUUACACAGACUGUUUAUGGAUUUUUGGAUUUCACAACAACGAUAGGCAAUACAGUUAUGGUAUUUUCACCACAAAGUGCGCCACCGAUCGGUAAAAUUGAGUUACCAACCAACAUAAUUGAAACAAAGCCAUUUGUUGCAAAACCCACGGAAGACGAAAGUAUUAAACCAACCAAACCAACGAACUCCGAAAAGCCACAGACUAAUAAGCCUGUGGAGAAGAACUUAAAAUCUACUAUUGUUGAGGCUCAAAAGAAUAAAAACAACAAUAAUAGUAAUGUCAAAAUAGUAACGAGUAGCUCGGUGGUGGUCACGGCACAAACAUCGGAGGAGCCCGCCGAAGAGCAACCCGCACUACAAAUAGAAAACAAUGUUUUUGAAUAUGAUUUACUCUCACGCCAACCAGCCGAAUAUGCCGAAGAAACAUAUCGUGUCAUUAACAAUAAGGCAACGGAUAAACCACGUAACAGACUUAAUCAACGUCGCACUUACGAAGCGUCUUCCGAAGCAACUGUGCUACACGAAACAACAACUGUGAAUCGUUUGAAACCAAGUCAAGCGGUUGAAAAUAAACCACAUGCACCCAGUGGACCGAAAGGCAAGAAACCGAAAAUAAGAACAACUCCAACAGCACCACGUGUUUUGAAGACGACAACAUCUUCGUUAACGAAACCAGCGCCACAAGAGCAGAAGAAUAAUCGGCUCUCCGGCUCGAAUCGUCACAAUGGCAAAGGCAAUAGAGGUAAUAAUCACGAGCAGGAGCAUGUAACCAUAACCGAAUCUGUGGUUGAAUCGUCACAAGUUACACAGAGUCAUAAAAAGAGUUCGUCACGUAGUAAACCCAAAAGGAAAAGCAAAAAUAAUCGAUCAUCAGCUGCGGCGCAUAAAAGUAGUAGUGCGAUCGUUUUGGCUUCCUCUGCCGAGCCGCCACGCAAAACAUUCCGUUCCAAAGUACGACCCUCAAAUGUAGAAUCGCCGGCUUCAACUAGCGUCUAUAUGUUCAAAUUGAAUCGUACACCUGGUAGAUGGCAGUACACCACAACGCCGAAACCGAGAGUAGCAAUACGUAAGGGUCAGGAGGGUAAUACCACUAAAUCCGUUGACGCUUUUGCCGGUAAUCCCAGUCUAAAUGUAAUAUCGGAUAACGGUGAUCUGGAAUCAUCGGGUUCACAAAACGGUGCUGUUGUCAAUAAUAUCGAUCAAGGUGGAAAUUAUCAACAUCUAGUGGAGACCUUGAAUGUGGAGAUAUCGACACCAGCUGAUUUUAAGGAUACCUACUACGAGUUGGCGACCAUCAAAACACCGUACGCUUUUCAAGUCGGUGGUUUGAAGAAGACCCGCUUCAUAACAGUCACCUCAACGAUCGAGAAAACGCUGACGCCCGAUCCAACCGAAGUACAAAUACCAGAUGGUCCACUAACUGAAAAUAUUUUGGCGCCAUCAUCACGGGAAGUCAACUUUCUACGUGAUACCCACGUCACAACACUGAAACCGGUACAUAUUACCGAACAUACCGAAACGCCAAGUUUGGAAACGGUGGUGGACUCAUUCAGCACGACAACGAAGAAAUUGCGCACACAAGUUUUACCCAUUGUCUUUGAUGUCAAUAAUGAGACAUCAUAUGUGACAUUAACACAAACUUACGACAUCACAAGCCUUAUAACGGUGACGAAAACCCUCUCACCACUGGAAACUGAUCUGCCACUACGGAGCUUUACUGACUUUGGUGCUAAUCUGGAUGAGGCGGGCUCCGAAAUCAAUCUGGAAUUAGAGUUCGGCGAUGAAGAUAAUGCAGAAAAUACAAAGGAUGACAAAUCGUAUCGUCCCAAAUUAUCAGAUAUAGCGGAUCUCUUUGGCAAGUCUUCGAAUCUAACGGCUGAGGAUCUACAAAGACUGGCGUUGUGGAAACUGCAAAAUCCUUCACAACAAUUUUCCUCGCUGCUAAUGCCCAGCAUACCGCAAUACACGCCAGAGAGCACUUUGCCAUUCCCGCCCAUCACGCCCUCCAUAAAUCCAUUCCUGUUGCCUUUACAGCAAUUCCAAACGAUAACCUCCAGUAUUGUGCACGAGACAAUCGCCACACAGACGAAUAGUAAAGUUCUGAAAUUAACCUUCGGUGCACGUACGGCAUACACGACGAUUUUCUCGAGUGAAGUUGUGCCGACACGUGCGACCAGUUACAUUACCACAUCCAUACCCGUUCAGCCAACGCAACCGGCCUUCCCCGGCUACUUUCCACCACCAUAUCCACAAUAUUAUCUCGGUUAAGUUUAGUUAUACAAAUGUGAGAAGCUCGAACAGAGCGCUCUCUUGUUCUUUUGUAUGUAUGUAUAUACUAGUGUUAGCAUCAUUCUUUUGUUUUCAUUUGGUCCUAUAUGAAAGUCCUAUUACAAAAUACUCGUCCAUUUUAUACUUCACAAAAAAAUCGAACUUACAACAUAUGAGAUUCAAUGUUAUCGUAUUAAAUUUUUUGCGUAGUUCCAUUCAUUUCGUUUCAUAAUAAAAAUUCAAAACCAAAUUACAA